AUGUGUACAUUUCUAGACAUCUUUGAAAAGCGAGUCAGAGAGAACAUUGACCAACACCCCAUCACCCCCAUUCCCCCCAUCACCCCCAUCAUCAACCAUCACCCCCACAUCAUCAACCAUCACCCCAUUCCCCCCAUCAUCAACCAUCACCCCCAUCACCCCCAUCCCCCAUCAUCAACCAUCACCCCCAUUCCCCCCAUCAUCAACCAUCACCCCCAUCCCCUCCCCCCCCAUCAACCAUCACCCCCCAUUCCCCCAUCACCCCCAUCAUCAACCAUCACCCCCAUCACCAACCAUUCCCCCCAUCCCCCCAUCACCAACCAUCACCCCCAUCCCCCCAUCACCAACCAUUCCCCCAUCGGGAUAUCAUCAACCAUCACCCCCAUCACCAUUCAUUCCCCCCAUACCCCAUCACCAACCAUCACCCCCACAUCACCAACCAUUCCCCCCAUCCCCCCAUCCCCACAUCAUAAACCAUCACCCCCAUCAUCAACCAUACCCCACCCCAACCACCCCCCAUCAUCAACUAUCCACCCCAUUCCCCCCAUCCCCCAUCAUCAACCAUCACCCCCAUCACCCCCAUCAUCAACCAUCACCCCCAUCACCAACCAUUCCCCCACCACAAUCCAUGGAGGGAUGGAGGGAUGGAUGGAUGGAUAG